GACUCUGACACUUUAUUGAAGAAUAAAAAUAUAACCUAAAAAAUACAAGUGUCAAUAGUAAAGUACUUGUUUGUUAUGGUUAAUAUUAAUAAUUAUAAAGCAUGUGCCAAACGAAACAUCAUCAAGAUCAAGAAAGUUCAGAAGAAGAAGCAGUACACAUGAUGAGUAACACAGAUGAAAGCGAUGUUAGCAUGAGUGAUUCCAGUUCAGAUAAUGAAGAUGUGAACGGAAAUGAAAGUUCUAUUUUAGAUAACAGUGAAUCAGAUAUAGAAGAAUCUCAAGAAAUUGAAGACAAAGAGGAGGAUGAAACUAUAAAAGCUAUAAGAAAUGAAAACCAGCGAGAAAGAGAUCGUCCUCCAAAUAUACAAUGCGAAGAUUUUAUUACAGAUAUAUCAUUUCAUCCUCACAAUAAUUUAUUAGCAGUUGCUAAUAUUGUGGGUGAUGUUUUACUAUACCAGUAUUCUAACAACGAGAAUAAAUUGAUAAAUACUUUGGAACUACAUACAAAAGCCUGUAGGGAUAUUGAAUUCAGCCUUGAUGGUAAUUUAUUAUUAUCAACAUCAAAAGAUAAAUCUGUAAUGAUCAGUGAUGCAGAAUCUGGAAAAUUGGUUAAAUUCUAUGAAAAUGCUCAUGAAGUUCCUAUAUAUUGUUUGAGUGUUAUUGAUGAAAAUAUCUUUGCCACAGGAGAUGAUGAUGGUACAAUAAAAUUGUGGGACUUGAGAGAAAAAAGUGAUAAACAAAUAUAUAAAACAAAAAAAAAUGAGGACUAUAUUAGUGAUAUGGUCACAAAUGAACCUAAGAAGUAUCUUGUGUGCUCUAGUGGAGAUGGAUCUAUUAUAAGCAUUGAUUUACAAAACAGAAAAGUACAUAUGCAGUCCGAAGAAUACGAGGAAGAAUUAACAUGUUUAGGAGUAUUUCGAUCAGAAACUAAAUUAAUAUCGGGAUCAUCUAAAGGGAAACUGUUUGUAUAUAAUUGGGAAGAAUUUGGACUCCAUAGUGAUAUUUUCCCCGGGCCGAAAACAUCUAUCAAUGCUUUAAUACCGAUAACAGAAAAUAUAGUAGUGACUGCUUGUGAAGAUGGAAAUCUCAGGGCUACACAUUUAUUUCCACACAGACAUUUAGGUGUAGUUGGACAACACGAUUUAUCAAUUGAGAAUGUUGAUAUUUGUAACACUGGACAAUUUAUAGCUUCCAGUAGUCAUAAUAAUGAUAUUAAAUUCUGGAAUAUACAGUAUUUUGAAGAUUUCGAAAAAGUGAAUCAUAAAAAACAUAACAAAAAGAAGGAAUUGAAAAAUAACCUUCCAUCAUCAAACAUCAAAAAUGCCUCAGAAUUUUUCAGUGGCUUGUGUUAAUUUAUUUUAAUAUAUAAAUUAUAUUCAUAUGGCAUUAUGUUGGGUAAUAAAACAGUUUAAUUUAA